AACUGCGAAGAAGUCAGUUCUGUUUUAACUUUCGACAGUGAUAGCAGAUGGCAGCCGCCGCCUUGAUAAACGUCCUCCUCUGUGCUGGCGGAUUGUUUACAAUCCUCAGCACCAUCGGCCUGGUGUUGUAUUUGGUGAAAUUCAAACACAUGAUCGACAUUACCAACAAUCUGCCCAGCCCGCCUUCUUUGCCGAUCGUGGGCCAUGGCCACCACUUUGCUGGGAAGCCCCCACAUGAAAAUAUGUACACGAUUUACGAGUUUGCCUCAAAGUAUGGACCCACCUUCAAGGUCUGGCUUGGUACAGAGCUGAACAUAUGGACAUCCGAUCUGAAGGAUGUCGAAGUUAUUUUGGGCACGACUCGCUUCAAUGACAAGGCUCAUGAGUACGAUAUGCUGGAGCCGUGGCUGAAAGAGGGACUGCUCACCAGUCGUGGUCGGAAAUGGAAUUCGCGCAGAAAGGUUCUUACGCCGGCGUUCCAUUUCAAAAUUCUGGAGAGCUUUAUUGAUGUUUUUGAAAAGGAGUCCCGAACACUGGUCGCCAACCUGGACAAGGAGUAUCGCAUGCAGACGGAUAAGGGAUUUGAUUUGAAUGAUUGGGUUAAUUUGUGCACCCUGGACACGAUCUGUGAAACGGCAAUGGGCGUGUCGGUUAAUGCCCAAACCAAUGCCGAUUCCGAAUAUGUGAGAGCCGUAAAAACCAUUGCCAUGGUGUUGCACAAACGUAUGUUUGACAUAUUGUGUCGUUUCGAGUUGACCUAUCGCUUCACCAGACUGGCCCGUGAGGAAAAAAAGGCAUUGGCCGUUUUACACGGCUUCACCGAGAAAGUGAUUGUCCAGAGGCGUGAAGAACUGUUGAAAGCCCAAGAAGCGGGAAAACUUGAUGCCGCCGACGAAGAUACCGGUUCGAAGAGGAAAAUGGCUUUCCUUGACAUUUUGUUGCAAUCGCAAGUGGACGGCAAGCCCUUAACAAACAUGGACAUCCGCGAAGAAGUCGAUACGUUCAUGUUCGAGGGACACGAUACGACAUCUUCGGCCGUAACGUUCUGCUUCUACAACUUGGCCAAUUAUCCGGAAUGUCAGCAGAAAUGCUUCGAAGAAAUAGUACAGGUGUUGGGUAAGGACAAGUCGAAACCCGUAACCUUUGAAGACCUAAAUAAUUUGCACUAUUUGGAUUUGUGCAUCAAGGAGACGCUGCGUAUGUUCCCCUCGGUGCCACUGCUGGGCAGGAAAGUAACAGAGGAAUGCGAGAUAAAUGGUAAAAUUAUUCCCGCUGGUACCAAUAUUGGAAUUUCCCCCCUGCAACUGGGUCGACUGGAGGAGUUGUUCCCCGAUCCGGACACCUUUAAACCGGAACGCUUCGAGGCAGGCUAUAGCACAGAACGGCUAAACCCUUACGCCUAUAUACCCUUUUCGGCCGGACCACGCAAUUGCAUUGGACAAAAGUUUGCCGUCUUGGAAAUUAAAACCAUUUUGUCCAAUGUCCUACGUCACUAUUCCGUAGAAUAUGUGGGACCCGGUGAAGAGGAAAUACAUCUGAUAGCCGAAUUGAUUUUGAGAACCAAAGAUCCCCUGAUGUUCAAAAUAAAACCCAGAGUGUAUUAUUAAUAUGUUGUGCCAAUAAAAAAAACGGGGGAGAUUUUAUUGGGAAUCGAUGUGCAUCCCAAAAAAAACCUUUGUGAUUUUCAUAGUUCUGAUGCUGUGCUUGGUUCUGGGCGAUAUAACAAUCGAAAUGAAAUGUGUCAAUGAGCGGACAUCACUUUUCUACAGUUCUAAAGAAAACGAAACAAUGCGGAAAUUUAUGAAUAAAAAUAGCUAAACAUAUUGGGCUGACAUAUAUUUUGCGUUGAAACAUAUAUACAUAAAUAAUGCGCAAUAAUACGCAAACAUUGCUGAGCGAAUUCCACGUUUAGGUGGAGCA